CUCACAAAAGACCCCUUCCUUUGGGAACAUUGUAGCGCAGCUGUGGCGGCCAUGUUGAAGGAGAUGCUGACCACACUGCUAUGCUUGGCCACAGCACUGCAUGCUUUUGCAUCUGAGGAUGCGACUAGGCACGAUCAAUUGCAAGCAUUUGCAAGCAGCGGGCCUUAUUCAAUGCAAAAAUGCGGAUCUCAUUGCUAACUUCGCCAGGCCUGUCACAAAAGUGGUGAACCUUCUGAAGGGCAUGCAGUCAAACUUAGAAAAGGAAGCCAAGGAGGAUGAGGACACUCAUGAGAAAAUGCAGUGUUGGUGCAAGACCAACGGUGAUGAAAAGGCCAAAAGCAUUGAGGAAGCACAGACCCAUAUCAAGGCCCUGGAAUCCCGAGUAGAAGAACUUGGUGCAACAAGUUCACGCUUAGCCACUGAGAUCACCCAUGCUAAGGAAGAGAUCUCGAGCAAUCAAGCUGCUUUGAAAACCGCAGAAGAAUUGCGGAAGAAACAGGUUGCUGAAUUCCAAGCCGAUGAAAAGGAUCUUGCGCAAUCUACAACUUCUGUGGACAAAGCGCUGGAUGUAAUUGGUUCUAAUCCUUCUUUCUUGCAGAUGUCCAAGGGCCGAGUGGUGAAUGCAUUGACGCAGCUAAAGGUGGUUUUGUCCAAGCAUGAACGCCUUCUGACGAAAGAGCAGCGUCAGAAGGUGGAGCAGCUUCUGAAGAACCCCUCCAAAUUCAGGUCCCAAUUUUUGCAGCAGGAUCCCUCAGCUUCUGGAGUUGCAGGUGUACUCUCAGGCCUCAAGGACAGCUUCCAGGGACAGCUGACUGAUCUCAAGAAGCAGGAAAGCCAGGACAAGGAGGCACAUGAAGGCUUGGUAAAAGCAAAGACAGAAGAGAUUCAAGCAGGCAAGAAGCAAUUGGAGGCAAAAAGUGAGCAGAAGGCCUCUGCGGAUUUGGAGCGGGAGCAGAGCAAGCAGGACAUCAAGGAUACAACAGCUGCUCUGAAAGCUGAUGGUACUGUAAGUGCAGAGGUGAAGGAGAAAUGUGCCGCCAUGGAUGAUGACUAUGAAAAGCGAAGCAAGUUGCGCUUGAACGAGCAGUCUGCAGUGAGCAAAACAAUUCAGAUCUUGACUGCCGACGAGGCACACGAUGUAUUUGGAAAGAGCUUUGGCACCUCGUUCCUGCAGGUUUCUUCUGAAGAUGCUCGCCGAGAGCGUGUUGUAGCUGUGCUUGCUGCGGCUGGCAAGAAGUUGGAUGCUCGCUUGACCACACUGGCUUUGACAUUGAAGCUGGAUACCUUUGAGAAAGUAAAGAAGGCCAUUGAUGAGAUGAAGGCUGAUCUCAAGAAGCAGCAAGCUGCCGAGGUGGUAAAGAAGGACUGGUGCGUGGAGGAGAUCCAGAAGACAAAGCUGCAGACGCAGGACAAGACUCGCUCGGAACAGCAGAAGUUGGCCGAGUUGGAGACACUCAAGAGCAGGGUAUCGCAGCUGACUGCUGAUCUCAAGUCACUGGAUUCUGAGGUGGCCGAAAUGAACAAGCAAACUCAAAUUGCUGGACAAAAUCGCGAGAAGGAGAACAAGGACGUUCAGACUGUGGUCGAAGAGCAACGCCAGACACAGCAGCUGCUGAAGGAGGCUAGCGCUUCCUUGAAGAAGUUCUAUGCAAAGGAGGCGCCUGCAUUCAUCCAAGCAAAAAAGAGCACUAGCGACGAGCCGGAGUUCAAGGACUACAAAGAACAGUCUGCAAGCUUCGGAGUCAUGAGUAUGCUCCAGCAGUUGAUUGCUGAUGCCAAAGCCAUGGAAGCAGAGGCAACCCAUGGUGAAAAGGCAGCUCAGGAGGACUACGAGGCGUUCACCAAAGCGACAGCAGUGUCAAUUGAAACCAAGCAGAAGGAGAUGACAACCAAAGAAGAAGAGAAAGGCUCCGCUGAAGCUUCAUUGGUAGAGGCACGGCAGGGCAAGGAGGGUUUGACCGCUACCAUUGCAGAGCUUGCUACUGUGAGUGGUGAAUUGCAUGAUCAGUGCGAUCCGCUUCUGGAGAACUUCGAUGCCAGGCAGUCGGCCCGCUCGGACGAGAUGGAUUCCUUGGACCAGGCCAAAUCCAUGCUCUCAGGGGCCAAGGCAUGAACAACAGCUGCCGAGCUGACAUGUCAAGAUUGCUUGGCAUAAAGAGGG